AUGGGAUAUAAGAUAUAUUCUAACUCUGACUUAGUUCAAACAGUAACAUGGGCAAACUAUGAAUGGUUCGCUUUGAGAAACUCAGUACAACCACAAGCUAGAGAACAAACAGACCAGUAUGCAACUAUUGAGAAAAUAAGAAGACUUGACCCUAACGUUCCAGGAGUUUAUGUUAACCUUUCUGGACAAACUGCAGCAGCAGUAACCAAAGUAAAACUGAAACUUAGAGUUCCUUUGUCAUCUUUCCUCAUCUUAAGGUUUUUAAGAUACUUGCCAAACUGGGCAGGAAAAAUUUCUAUCGAACUUACUCCAAGCAAAAAUAACUUAGUCAAUGCACCAACACAAGACCCAUUCAGCAUUACUGUAGCUGGAACUGGUGGAGCCAAGUUCUGUGACUUUUGCAAAGACAAAGUUGACUUAGACUUUGGUUUCUCAAACCUCAACACUGAAGUAAACAAUUAUUUCAAUGCUGCUGGAGAUGCUUGGGACCCAGUUAAGUUCACAUGCGAACAGUUUGAAUGCAAGAGAAUAGAAAGCAGACUUGCCGUUUAUAUGUUGGACCCAGAUAUUUCAAAUGCUUUAGCUGCCAAAUAUAUUGCAGUUCCACUUAUGUUCCCUAUACACCAAAUAUCUGUCAAAGACUUUGCAGGUGAAGUUGGAAACCAAAAUCCAGGAGCCGCAGGUGCAAGAACAGAUAUUGCUUUAACAACUGCAAUGAAACAUGCAGAUACUAUGUUUGUACUGUUCAGACGAACUAUAAAUGACUAUUCUUGUUUCUACAACCCUGGUAUUAAAUAUCAUAUAAACAUAGAUGGCAAAUAUUAUCCAAGAGAAGAAUAUUCUACAGUUGAGGAUAUGAGGUCAUACAACUUGACAUUAGAUGCUAUGAAAUUUAACAACAACUUCACAACAACCAUUAACACUGAAAUGCAAAGUUCUAUUAUGCCAUAUGUGAAAGUAUGGACUCAUACAGGAG